AUUUGGUUUUCUCAUUCCAAAUGACAGAGCAGAGGUCUCCGCUUCUCGACAGCUAUUCUUUCGUUUCCAAGCAAAAAUAUGACCACCUCAAAGAGAGUUGCAGAGAGGAAAGUAGCAAAGUUUCAGAGGAAUAUCAGUAAAAGGGGAUCAGUGGCUGAGACUUCAACUAAGAAAGGAUAUGACUAUCCAGUUGGGCCAAUUCUUCUCGGGUUCUUUGUCUUUGUGGUAAUUGGAUCAUCUCUGUUUCAGAUAAUUAGGACAGCUACCAGUGGUGGGAUGGCCUGAAGAGAACUGAGAAGGACACUGUGGGGGAUGAAGGUUACUGAUACAAGCUGUAGACCGUGAAUAUGUUAAAAUGAGGUUAGACAUCUCUGUUAAUGUCCAAUGUAAGGAAGAACAAAAUUAAAUAAAAUGCCCCCAUCUUGAUCUCAAUACAA